AUGAACCGCCGCCAUCCACCAAAGCGACAAGUAACCUUUCUUCUUCCCAACCAUUCGUCUCCUGACGAUGACGAUUUACAAUCUAACACGAUUCCCCCCAAGUCAGUUCCUGAAGUAAAGGUUGUUUCAUCCAAAAAGUCGAACGGAGAAUCGUCGCAAGCUGAGAAGAAAUCCAGAUCUUCUAAGAGGACUGCAGAGUCCUCCGCUCUAACCAAGGGAAAUGUAUCAAAGAAGGCUAAAAAGAAGAAGAAGCAUAUGCAGGAGCAUGAGUCCGCUGAUGAGAAUGUUGAUCAUGCUGCGAUCUUGGAAGAGAAGGGCGCUAAAAAACAAUUGUUUCAACGUAUAUGGAAUGAGGACGAUGAAGUUUUUAUUUUGAAAGGAAUGAUCGAGCAUGGUGAAAAUGAAGGGAUUGAUCCAGCUUUACUGGAUAUGUUUUCUUUCUACGACUCCAUUAGAGAUUCAAUUCAGUUAGAAGCCAGUAGAAGCCAAUUAACUUACAAAGUAAAGAAGCUGAAGAAGAAGUUUUUGAAAAAUCUGGAGAAAAGUUACGACGGUAUUAAUAGAACUUUCGCAAACGAUCAUGAUCAGAAGUGUUAUGAUUUAUCCAAGAGGAUAUGGGGAACUACUGCAUGUAAAGGAAGUCUUAGCGCCAAGGUGUCUAGGAAUAGGAAAGGGAACAAUGUUGUUGAAGUCAAAGCCAAAAAAUCUAACUUGGGUUCAUUUAACUCGGAGAAGAAGAAUGUAUCCACUGAUACGGAGGUUGAUCGUGCCGUUGCUGAUCCAUCCAAUGUCGUAUCUUUCUGUAUGGACUUGAGCUUGGAAAAGAAAAUUGAGGAAUACGCGUCUCAGCUGAUUACAGGUGCAAAGAAGUCAGAAUUGGACAGUGUGUUCAGGGAAUUACAAGUGAAGGAGACAGAGGCUUACUUUCAUCGCCUUGUCCACUUGCGUGAGAAGGCAAUUCUGGUGUUGGAAGCAUUGCGUUCCAACACAAAUUAA